AUGAGUAGGAAAGAUUGGUUACUGAAGCUCGAUGAUGCUCUGUGGGCAUACAAAACAGCUUACAAAACUCCAAUUUGCACGUCUCCCUAUAAGCUCGUCUUUAGAAAGGCAUGUCAUCUACCAGUUGAGCUCAAGCAUAGAGCAUAUUGGGAAAUAAAUCAGCUGAAUUUAGACAUGGUUCAAGCUGGAGAAAAGAGACUGUUGCAGCUGCUCGAGUUGAAGGCAUUUCGCUAUCAUGCCUAUGAGAAUGCGAAAAUGUACAAGGAGCGAACGAAGAGAAUUCACGACAAGCGCAUCCAACCUCGUGACUUUUUGCCCGGGCGGUUAGUCUUGUUGUAUAACUCCAGGCUGAAUAUUUUCGAACGGAAGUUGAAAAGUAAGUGGUCGGGGCUGUUUGAAGUCGUUCGGGUAACCGCACAUGGGGCGGUUGAGCUGAAGCCGCUGAAUGCAGAGCGGACAUUCUUGGCAAAUGGGCAGAGGGUCAAGCACUAUUUUGGAGAGGUCAUCAAUCUGGAGAAGACCUCAGUGGAUCUAAAGGAGGCAUGA